GGACGCAGCCGGGAGCGAGCUGAGCGAGGAGGAGAAGGGCGGCACGAGGAAGGAGCGACGGAUCCGGCUGGGAUCGCCCGGGCGGCAGCAGCUGCGGCAGCCGGAGCCCGGGGGGACGCUGCGCUCUCGCCUCAGUGCCACAGUCUCUGAAAGGUAGCAAGAAAGAGUUCUGGGAGCACAGCAAGGAACAUGGCAACCCAAGCUGACUUGAUGGAGUUAGAUAUGGCCAUGGAGCCAGACAGAAAAGCUGCAGUCAGUCAUUGGCAGCAGCAGUCGUAUCUGGACUCUGGUAUCCAUUCUGGUGCCACAACAACUGCUCCGUCCUUGAGUGGCAAAGGAAAUCCUGAAGAGGAAGAUGUGGACACAACACAAGUCCUGUAUGAGUGGGAGCAAGGGUUCUCUCAGUCCUUUACCCAGGAGCAAGUUGCUGAUAUUGAUGGCCAAUACGCAAUGACUAGAGCUCAGAGAGUGCGUGCAGCUAUGUUCCCUGAAACACUGGAUGAAGGAAUGCAAAUCCCAUCCACACAAUUUGAUGCUGCCCAUCCAACUAAUGUGCAGCGCCUGGCUGAGCCAUCCCAGAUGCUGAAACAUGCCGUUGUUAAUUUGAUAAACUAUCAGGAUGACGCUGAACUUGCAACUCGUGCAAUCCCAGAACUGACCAAACUGUUGAAUGAUGAGGACCAGGUGGUGGUAAACAAGGCUGCGGUUAUGGUUCAUCAGCUGUCCAAAAAGGAAGCAUCUCGCCACGCUAUUAUGAGGUCUCCUCAAAUGGUGUCUGCAAUUGUACGUACCAUGCAGAAUACGAACGAUGUGGAAACAGCCCGUUGUACUGCAGGCACACUACACAAUCUCUCACAUCACCGUGAAGGCUUGUUGGCAAUCUUCAAAUCAGGAGGCAUCCCCGCCUUGGUUAAAAUGCUUGGGUCUCCAGUGGAUUCUGUGUUGUUCUAUGCCAUUACAACUCUUCACAAUCUCCUGUUACAUCAGGAAGGAGCCAAAAUGGCAGUCCGUCUGGCUGGAGGGCUGCAAAAAAUGGUUGCUCUGCUCAACAAGACAAACGUUAAAUUCUUGGCCAUCACGACAGACUGUCUUCAGAUUUUAGCCUAUGGCAAUCAAGAAAGUAAGCUGAUUAUUCUGGCAAGUGGUGGACCCCAAGCUCUAGUAAACAUAAUGAGGACCUAUACUUAUGAGAAACUAUUGUGGACCACGAGUAGGGUGCUGAAGGUUUUGUCAGUCUGCUCCAGCAACAAACCUGCUAUUGUUGAGGCUGGUGGAAUGCAAGCUUUAGGACUCCACCUUACAGAUCCAAGUCAGCGUCUUGUCCAGAACUGUCUCUGGACUCUGAGAAAUUUGUCAGAUGCAGCAACCAAGCAGGAGGGAAUGGAAGGCCUUCUAGGAACUCUUGUUCAGCUUUUAGGAUCAGAUGAUAUUAAUGUUGUGACUUGUGCUGCCGGAAUCCUUUCUAAUCUUACUUGCAACAAUUACAAGAACAAGAUGAUGGUCUGCCAGGUUGGUGGCAUCGAGGCUCUUGUGCGCACAGUUCUUCGAGCUGGGGACAGGGAGGACAUCACAGAACCUGCUAUUUGUGCGCUCCGUCACCUCACCAGCAGACAUCAGGAAGCUGAAAUGGCUCAAAAUGCAGUACGUCUCCAUUAUGGACUGCCAGUGGUGGUUAAACUGUUGCACCCACCCUCACACUGGCCUUUGAUCAAGGCUACCGUUGGGUUGAUUCGCAAUCUCGCGCUCUGCCCUGCAAACCAUGCCCCGCUGCGUGAGCAGGGUGCCAUCCCACGGCUAGUUCAGCUGCUGGUCAGAGCACAUCAGGAUACCCAGCGACGUACUUCCAUGGGUGGAACGCAACAGCAGUUUGUGGAGGGUGUGCGCAUGGAGGAAAUCGUUGAGGGCUGCACUGGAGCCCUGCAUAUUCUUGCACGUGAUGUUCACAAUCGAAUUGUAAUCAGGGGUCUAAAUACCAUUCCACUAUUUGUGCAGUUGUUGUACUCCCCCAUUGAGAAUAUCCAGAGAGUAGCUGCGGGUGUACUUUGUGAACUUGCUCAAGACAAGGAAGCAGCUGAAGCAAUUGAAGCUGAAGGUGCAACUGCCCCUUUAACAGAACUGCUUCAUUCUAGGAAUGAGGGUGUUGCAACAUAUGCAGCUGCAGUGCUGUUCAGAAUGUCUGAGGACAAACCACAAGACUACAAGAAGCGACUUUCAGUUGAACUGACAAGCUCCCUGUUCCGGACUGAGCCAAUGGCUUGGAACGAGACAGCGGAUCUUGGACUUGACAUUGGUGCCCAGGGAGAGCCUCUUGGAUACCGCCCAGAUGAUCCUAGCUACCGUUCUUUCCACUCUGGCGGAUACGGUCAGGAUGCCUUGGGUAUGGACCCUAUGAUGGAACAUGAAAUGGGUGGCCACCACCCUGGUGCUGACUACCCAGUUGAUGGGCUGCCAGAUCUUGGCCAUGCCCAGGACCUUAUGGAUGGGCUGCCUCCAGGUGACAGUAAUCAGUUGGCCUGGUUCGAUACUGACCUGUAAAUCAUCCUUUAGCUGUAUCAUCUGAAUGAACUUGCAUUGAUUGGCCUGUAGAGUUGCUGAGAGGGCUCGAGGGGUGGGCUAGUAUCUCAGAAAGUGCCUGACACACUAACCAAGCUGAGUUUCCUAUGGGAACAAUUGAAGUAAACUUUUUGUUCUGGUCCUUUUUGGUCGAGGAGUAAUAAUACAAAUGGAUUUUGGGAGUGAUUCAAGAAAUGAGGAAUGCACAAGAAUGAAUUGCAAGAUGGAAUUUAUCAAACCCUAGCCUUGCUUGUUAAAAAUUUAUUAUUUUUUUUAAAUCUCUGUAAUGGUACUGACCUUUGCUUGCUUUGAAAGUAGCCUUUCUUUUUGCAGUAACUGUUGUUAGGUUUUUUUUUUUAAGUCUCUCGUAGUAUUAAGUUAUAGUGAACAUGCUACAGCAGUUUCUAAUUUUUAAGGAUUGAGUAAAGGUGUAGAACACUAAUUCAUAAUCGCUCUAACUGUAUUCUGAAUAAAGUGUAACAUUGUGUAGCUUUUUUGUAUAAAAAAACUAGACAAAUAGAAAUGGUCCAAUUAGUUUCCUUUUUAAUAUGCUUAAAAUAAGCAGGUGGAUCUAUUUCAUGUUUUUGAUCAAAAACUUUAUCUGGGAUAUGUCUGGGUAGGGGCCAGUAAGAACUGUUUAUUUGGAACCUUGUAUUGGACAGUUUACCAGUUGCCUUUUAUCCCAAAGUUAUUGUAGCCUGCUGUGAUACAGAUGCUUCAUGAGAAAAAUGCAGUUAUAAAAUGGUUCAAAAUUAAAGUAAACUUUUAAUUCA